CCCCUGCUCUGCGCGCUGGCCGGGCUCGCCCUGCUCCGCGCCGCCGCUGCCGAGCCCUUCGUGCCCUCCCGUGGAGACCCAGCUUGGAACACAGGGUGUGACAGGCACAUGGCUGUCCACGGCCGUUUAGAUGUCCUAGAGGAGACGGUGGAGAAGACGGUGGAGCACCUGGAGGCAGAAGUGAAAGGCUUGCUGGGUCAGCUGGAGGAGCUGGCCUGGAACCUACCCCCGGGGUCCGUCAGCCCGACGAUCCCCGACCUCCUCGGAGAUGAUGGCUUUGGAGCACCGGAGCCCGAGCUGCCGGGCAGCUGGAAGUGACACCCCGGGACCGACUGAGCUUCCUUCCUCGGCCUUGUGCAAAAUAAAAGCUACUCCCUUGGUC